AUGCGCUUAAGCAGCGCCACGAAUAUUUCCCUACGAACCCUUGCCGAUGCAGCUCUGACCUGCCUGUCGCCAUCCUCAGAGCCAGCGAUACCUUCUCCUACAGACUCAAUAUCAAUUGUGUCAGCUCGUUCAGUCGCACCAGCUUCUACAACGAAAAAGGCUCUAUCAAACAUCUACACAGACCAGUCCACAGACCCAAGCGCAGAAAUAGUUACCAAACCACGGAUCAAGCCAGAGAUUGAGAUAACCUCGCGGUCUCUACCUUCACUACUCCAAUAUGUUGACCAUGUCCUCUUGCGAGAUACAAGCAGUCACAAUCAGCCGCCUCACCCAGGACAAAAGUGCGUGAUCUGUAACUUGCAGUGGGACAAAGCCAGCGUUCCCUCAACAUUUCUCCCUUUGUCGUCCUGCAACCACUGGGUCCACUACCGCUGCCUCAUCUGGCUCGCCACGGGCGACGGCCCACAUCGAGACAAAUGCUACGCAUGCAACAAACCGCUGUACGAAUGGGAUGGAAUCAGUGCGCUCACACUUGCCACACGCACGAGUCUGCCUAUGAGUGACAGUCGAGCUCCCACGUCAACUCCAAACACGCACGUCGCAGGCACUUCUGACAAAGACGCCUACGAACAGGAAUGUAUGUUCAUCGACAACACAAUCGCCCACCGCUUCUUUGAUCAGCUGGGAAAGCCUGCUGGGUUCUCUGAUGGCUCUCCCGAUCUGGUCCAAUGCUACGACGAUGUGCUCAAUGAUCUCAGUUCGAUGGGUCGACCGCAUUCCAAAUGGUUGAGGUGGAGCACGAGCACUGGCUGUCUACUCUUUAGUAUGCUGGUCGCGAUCAAGAUGAAGAGGUUUCUUCUGGAGGGCCAUGGGCGUAUCGUGCAGACCGAAGCGUGGACGGCUUGGGAGGAUGGGUGUCGAUCGUUACAGAGAAGGAUAUUGGAGAACGUGCACAGCGAGUAG